UACGUGUCCAAAAACGUAUCUUUCGUGUGAAAUCGCAGUGAUUAUUUAAGAGCUGGCGUCGCGUUCUAGCUAAUCGCGUUGCGUUCGCGUUCCUCCUGCGCAAAUCCCAGGAUGCUGGUUGCCAUGGUUUCCCGCAUCACAUGCGCGGCUUUCCUGGAGCCAGCAGCGCAAAAAAAAAAAGAAGGAUGCCAGCUCUUGAAUUCCCUGCCAUUUUUACACCCUCAAAUUAGAGGACACGGUCGGACACGAGAGGAAACAGACGCAGAUGGCGGAACAGUGAGAGACCCGACGCGUUCCCUCUGACGCGUUUGAAGAUCAUUCUUCUCCGCUGACGCGCGGGGAGCCGGGACCGACUGUUUUACGCGCAAGAUCCGGCCGAAUUUUGCGCACAUUUCACCGUCAGGAAAUGAGUAUAGAAAUCCCCGAGGGCUUGACGGAGCUUCUGCAGAGCUUUACCGUGGAGGUCCUCAGGAACCAGCCGGGAGAUCUGCUGGAGUUCGCGCUGCAGUACUUCACGCGCCUCAAGGAGAACGAGACGCGCGGCGGCGCGUUCGGCAAUGAGCUCAAUUCAGCCGCGCGAGCGGGGAAAGCCGUCAACUUCAUGGAGGAGGCCAUGCAGAUCGACUCCGAAAACGGAGAGGAAGAGGAUGACGAUGAUGAUGAAGAAUUCGUAGCUCCAGUUAUCAACAGAUUUGUCCGGAGAGCUUCUGUUUGUGCGGAGGCGUACAACCCUGAUGAAGAUGAAGAGGAGAGGGAACCCAGGGUCACUCACCCCAAAACAGACAAGCAGAGACAGAGACUACAGGAAGCCUGCAAAGACAUCCUACUGUUCAAAAACCUGGACCAGGAGCAGAUGUCUCAAGUGUUGGAUGCCAUGUUUGAGAAGGUCGUGGUGACCGGAGAGCACGUCAUCGAUCAAGACGAUGAUGGAGACAACUUCUACGUCAUUGAGAGAGGAACGUUUGACAUCAUGCUGAAAGCGGACGGCACCAGGCGGACCGUGGGCUCUUAUGACCACCGUGGGAGUUUUGGAGAGCUGGCCCUGAUGUACAACACGCCGAGGGCCGCCAGCAUCAUCGCCUCCUCGUCUGGAGCCCUCUGGGGCCUCGAUCGGCUGACGUUCAGAAGGAUCAUCGUAAGGAACAACGCGAAGAAAAGAAAAAUGUACGAAGCUUUCAUCGGGACUCUUCCACUGCUCACGUCUCUGGAGGUUUCAGAGAGGAUGAAGGUAGUUGAUGUGCUGUCGACCAAAGUGUUCAACAGUGGAGAACAGAUCAUCGCUCAGGGUGAUCUGGCAGGAUCUUUCUACAUUGUAGAGUCAGGACACGUUAGGAUCACUAUGAGGAGAAGCAAGUCAAAAAACGACACUGAAGACGAGGAGGUGGAAAUCGCCACAUGCUCAAGAGGCCAGUAUUUUGGAGAGCUUGCACUCGUCACUAACAAGCCACGGGCAGCAUCUGCAUACGCCAUGGACAAUGUCAAAUGCUUAGUAAUGGACGUGCAGGCGUUUGAGAGGUUAUUAGGCCCCUGCAUGGACAUCAUGAAACGAAACAUAGCCAAUUACGAGGAGCAGCUGAUCAUGCUCUUCGGGAGUCGUAUCGCAAUAGAGGAGCCGAAUGCAUGAAAUCAGUUAAUCAAUAAACACCACAAACUACAAAUGCAACAUGAAAUGAUGAGAAAUGGUAAGUAGAGGUCCGUCACCAUGGUUUAGAAACAUUAACUUUAGAUCAUAAACUUGACGUUAUUGUUUUGCGUUCACAGAUGAUCAAUGAUCAUGAUUUUUUUAGAUGUGAAAAGCCAGAUGUGAGCAUUUUCCUCCGGGGUACUCGAGGUUUCCUCAUAGUUAUUUGGUCCGGGGAUUUGAUAUCACUUUUUUUUAUUU